AUUAACCAAUUCCAUUUGGAAUGCCAGACGAAUUGGGCCAUUAAAGUGCUCCAUUUGCAGGUGCUAUAAAACAAUCGCGGCCAGAAUCUCUGUCAAUUAGUUGAAAGGGGCUUUACAAACGGUUCGGAUCGAUUUAAAUUCGCCUGGUCGGGCCAGUGAUGCACUGCCUCAUUUCGCUGUGGUUGUCCCUGUGGAUCUUGUGCCUGUUUUGGGCGAAGUGCCAGGGCCAACUGAUCCGGAUUCCCAUGCAAUUUCAGGCCUCUUUCAUGGCCAGUCGCCGUCAACACCGUGCCGGCAGAUCAUCCCUCUUGGCCAAGUACAAUGUGGUCGGAGAACAGGAGGUAACGUCUAGGAAUGGUGGGGCCACUGAAACGCUCGAUAACCGAUUGAACUUGGAGUACGCUGGACCCAUUAGCAUUGGAUCGCCGGGUCAGCCCUUCAAUAUGUUGUUUGACACCGGAUCAGCCAAUCUCUGGGUGCCAAGUGCCGAGUGUUCGCCAAAGAGUGUGGCCUGUCACCAUCAUCAUCGCUACAACUCCAGUGCCUCGAGUACCUUUGUUCCGGACGGUCGGAGAUUUUCCAUUGCCUACGGAACUGGAAGUCUGUCGGGAAGAUUGGCCCAGGAUACGGUUGCCAUUGGCCAACUGGUGGUGCGGAAUCAAACCUUUGGCAUGGCCACACACGAGCCGGGUCCAACCUUUGUGGAUACCAAUUUCGCGGGGAUCGUGGGACUGGGCUUCCGGCCAAUAGCUGAGCUGGGAAUUAAGCCAUUGUUUGAGAGCAUGUGUGACCAGCAGCUGGUGGAUGAUUGUGUGUUCUCGUUUUAUCUGAAGCGCAAUGGCAGUGAAAGAAAGGGUGGAGAACUACUUUUCGGUGGGGUGGAUAAGACCAAGUUUUCGGGAUCCCUAACCUACGUGCCCCUCACUCAUGCGGGGUAUUGGCAGUUCCCUUUGGAUGCCAUUGAAGUGGCCGGUACUAGAAUCACUCAGCAUCGACAGGCCAUCGCGGAUACGGGUACAUCUCUACUGGCAGCGCCUCCCAGAGAAUACCUAAUUAUUAAUAGUCUCCUUGGCGGUUUGCCCACCUCAAAUAACGAAUAUUUGCUCAACUGUUCUGAGAUCGAUAGUUUGCCCGAAAUCGUGUUCAUCAUUGGAGGUCAGCGAUUUGGCCUGCAGCCCAGAGAUUAUGUAAUGAGUGCUACAAACGACGAUGGAUCGAGUAUUUGCCUAUCUGCAUUCACCUUGAUGGAUGCGGAGUUCUGGAUUCUGGGAGACGUUUUCAUCGGUCGAUAUUACACCGCCUUCGAUGCGGGCCAUCGACGAAUUGGCUUUGCCCCAGCAGCUUGAAUUUUUCUAAGUGUCGUUUCUGGCUAGCAACAAAUAUCUGCUCCAUUUAAUGACAAAGCUUGGACAUAAAACGUGGCCGUAGAGAAAUCACGAGAGUUGGUUACAGUGAGGAAACACAGAUAAACCAGUUAGUGGAAAAAAAACAGCUGAUCAACCCACGUUCACGUUUGCUUUAUUAUUCGAUUAGCUACGGGUAUCCCCUACUGGAAGAUAUAUAUGUUAUAUCUGUACAAAUUUUAAAUAUAUUCUACUUUUAGAUGUAUUUCACAAAUAUUUAAUAGGUUGCCUGCUUCGUUGACUUUGCCUUAGUUUUACAUUUUGUAUUAUUUUAUCAAAUCACUAAUUAUACCGCAAGUUAAAAUUUAUUAAAUAAUAUUCAAAAAAUAUUUCGCUUAAUUUUAUAGUUUCUGUACAUUUAUUGAUAUUUAUAACAAUGUUAUAAUUAAAAGUAUUGUAUCGUAAUGAGGCUGAUAGCGUGAGAGCCCAGUAAACUCUGAUGAGAAUCGUUUAUAUAUUUGAGCUCUCUUAUCUUUGUCUAUUCAUUUUAAAUCCACGAAUACGUGUGAAUCGCGUAUACAAAUAAUAUAAAAAUCACCGACAUCUGGUUUGUGACUAUUCUGCAUAUACUCACUAUGAAAAAUCCCACUCAGUCCCUAGAAUCGCCCUAGCUGCUUAUAUAAAAGAGACUCACGCUGUUCAGCAGUUAGUUAUAGAAAUAUAUUCAAGAUGAAAUCGCUUUUCUCUCUGUGCCUGCUGCUCGGUUUGGCUUUAAGCCAAGUUAGUGCUAGUUGCCCGGAGAGCUGUCCCGA